AUGAAUUCUCUGUACCACAAUCACUCGUUGGCCUGCCAUAUACCCGGUAGUCAAGACAUCUUACCCAACUCUUUCGAUCCAGUCCGGCAUUUCAACGCCUACUCAGCCGCUGUUUCUCCAGACAGGAUCUACCCGGGUCCAUACUACCCGCCGGCCCAAGAAAACCCCUGGCCCGGCCGAGCAUCUUUCGAUUACGGCGUGUACCCAGAGAAAGAUCUCUCCCAGCCCACGUCUUCGGCCGCCUCCGCCGGCUGUAGGCAAGUUUCGGAAAACUCCCGGGCGGACGAUCACAAGAGGUGCUUUCGGAUUUACCCGUGGAUGCAGCGGGUAAAUUCCCACAGCGGGGUGGGCUACGGCUCGGAGCGCAGGAGAGGCCGCCAGAUUUACUCCCGAUAUCAGACUCUGGAGCUGGAGAAGGAAUUUCACUUCAGCCGCUACCUGACGCGCCGCCGGCGGAUCGAGAUCGCCAGCGCCUUGUGCCUGACCGAGCGCCAGAUCAAAAUCUGGUUCCAGAACAGGCGGAUGAAAUGGAAGAAGGGAGGAAAGGUCGAGCGGCCGGCGGCGGCCGAAGGCCAGGAGCCCGCCGAGGAGAAGAGGCAUGACUGGGAGAAGCGGCCCGCCGAGCAGGAGGGGUCCGAACCCGACCCCAAACCCAGCGACCCUCCCCAGUGAACCCCCGCCCUCUCAGCUCGCGGUGCGCCCAUCGCACACGUCCAUGGCUCGUCAGGACGUUGGCGGAGUGAGGGGCAGAGGGAGAGGGAGAGAAAGUGAGAG